CUCCUCCUCGUCAUCAUCCUCAUCCAAUUUUGCAAGCGUAACGGAGAGUCGACGUAGUGGCUGCAGCACGCGUAAGCGUCCAUAAAUCUAGUUAGCAUGGAGUGCUGUUUAUCGGAAGAGGCAAAGGAACAAAAGCGCAUCAAUCAGGAAAUCGAGAAGCAGUUGCGCCGCGACAAGCGAGAUGCGCGACGGGAACUUAAAUUGCUGUUGCUUGGUACGGGCGAGUCCGGCAAGUCAACGUUCAUCAAACAGAUGCGUAUUAUCCAUGGCAGCGGCUACUCGGACGAGGACAAGCGUGGAUACAUCAAACUGGUGUUCCAGAACAUAUUCAUGGCCAUGCAGUCGAUGAUCAAGGCCAUGGACAUGCUAAAGAUCUCCUAUGGCGUUGGAGAGCAUAGCGAACUGGCCGAUCUGGUGAUGAGCAUUGACUACGAAACAGUUACCACAUUCGAGGAUCCAUUUUUGAACGCCAUCAAAACGCUAUGGGCCGAUGCCGGCAUUCAGGAGUGCUACGACCGUCGUAGGGAAUACCAAUUGACAGAUUCAGCCAAAUAUUAUCUGAUGGAUCUCGACCGUGUGGCUCAACCUGCUUAUUUACCCACUGAGCAAGACAUUUUGAGAGUUCGUGUGCCGACAACGGGGAUCAUUGAGUAUCCCUUUGACUUAGAAGAAAUCAGAUUUAGCUACUUAAGCGACAUAGAUCGCAUUUCACAGCCCGACUACCUGGCCACUGAGCAGGAUAUUCUGCGUGCUCGUGUGCCGACCACUGGCAUACUAGAGUAUCCAUUCGAUUUGGAUGGCAUUGUGUUUAGAAUGGUGGACGUGGGUGGUCAGCGAUCGGAGAGAAGAAAGUGGAUUCAUUGCUUUGAGAAUGUGACAUCAAUCAUAUUUUUGGUGGCGCUAUCGGAAUACGAUCAGAUCUUGUUUGAAUCUGAUAACGAGAACCGAAUGGAGGAGUCAAAAGCUUUAUUUAGAACUAUUAUUACGUACCCUUGGUUCCAGAAUUCAUCAGUUAUUCUUUUCCUGAACAAGAAGGACUUGUUGGAGGAGAAAAUAAUGUAUUCGCAUUUGGUAGACUACUUUCCCGAAUACGAUGGUCCACAGCGAGAUGCAAUCGCGGCACGCGAAUUCAUACUGCGAAUGUUUGUAGACUUAAAUCCAGAUUCCGAAAAGAUUAUCUAUUCUCAUUUCACCUGUGCUACAGAUACCGAAAACAUCAAGCUUGUGUUCUGUGCUGUCAAAGAUACAAUUAUGCAAAAUGCACUCAAGGAGUUCAAUUUGGGUUAAACAAUCGCCUGCACCGGAUGGAGGACAGGAUGCCACGAUGGCAGGAUGGCAGAAUGGCAGAAUGGCAGGAUUGCAGGAUGAGCCGCAAUGCAAAUGAAUAUUUGAUUUAUAAUUGUAUUUUGAAUUUGAUUUGAAAGUCCUUAAUAAAAAUUCGUAUUUAUGCAUUAUUGA